GCGGUGCCGUUGACCGGAAGCGGCCUCCAGCGCCGGCGCGGUGGCGGCGGCUGGCGCUUUCCUGGAUGCUCCACUGGGCAACCUGCUCCAAGCUCGUGGCCCGGGGUCGGCGCCCUGACCCUCCGUCUCUGCAGGUCCCUCUCGGCGGCUCCAGGAAGGCUCCCGGCGCGAUCAUGCCGUCCCCGCUGGGCCCCCCGCGCCCGCCCUCCGUGCGCCCCGCAGCCGCCCCGGAGGACCCCGAGGCCGCGCGCCUGCGCUUCCGGGGGUUCCGCUACCGGGAGGUGGCGGGUCCCCGGGAGGCCCUGGCUCAGCUCCGCGGGCUGUGCCGCCAGUGGCUGCGGCCCGAGUUGCACUCCAAGGAGCAGCUGCUGGAGCUGCUGGUGCUCGAGCAGUUCCUGGGCGCGCUGCCCCCCGAGAUCCAGGCCUGGGUGCAGGGCCAGGGGCCGGGCAGCCCCGAGGAGGCCGCCGCCCUGGUGGAGGGGCUGCAGCGGGACCCCGGGCAGCUGCUGGGCUGGAUCACAGCCCAGGUCCUGAAGCGGGCGGUGCCCCCGGCGGCACAGAAGGCAGAGGACUCCCUGGCGAGUCUCCGCUCCUCAGAGAGAGGACAGCCCCUCAGGGCAGCCGCUGGGGAGGAGGGGCCGGAGGGUGCCCAGCUCGGGGGCUGCCGUGUGAAGAAGGAGCCUGAGGCCGAGGCGCAGGAGAUGGCCUCCACCAGCCCCCCAAAUGCGGUCCAGUCCCAAGAGGGGCCAGUGGCACCUGGGGAACCGGACGCGGCCUCCUUCCACCCGCCCAGGAUGCAGGAGGAGUGGGUGCUGCUGGACCCGUCGCAGAAGGAGCUGUAUUGGGACGCGAUGCUGGAGAAGUACGGCUCCGUGGUCUCCCAGGGGUUACCGCCUCCCCUGCCGGACCCGCGGGCCGAGUUGGAGCCGGGCUUGGAGCCGGGGUCGCCGAGCGCGGGGGCCGAGGGCCCGGGAAGCCUCCGCACGGGAGCUGAGCGCGAGGACCCGUCGGUGCCGACGCCCCCGGAGCCCCCGGAGCCGGACGCCGCGCGCAGCAAGCCCUACACCUGCGAGCGGUGCGGCCGCGGCUUCGACUGGAAGUCGGUGCUCGUCAUCCACCACCGCGCGCACCAGGGCGGCCCGGGCGCCCCGAGGCCGCUGCAGGGGCCCCGGCGCUACACGUGCGCCGAGUGCGGGCGCGGCUUCAGCUGGAAGUCGCAGCUCGUGAUCCACCGCAAGAGCCACGCCACCCGCCAGCGCCACGUGUGCGGGGACUGCGGCCGCGGCUUCGACUGGAAAUCCCAGCUGGUCAUCCAUCGGCGGGGCCACCGGCCCGGGGACCCGUGAGCGGGAGGCGGCGGCUCCCCUCCGGCCUCGGGGCCUCGGGGCCUGGACGCAGCCUGCUGGCCGCCGCCUGGAGGACCCGGGGGCAGCCGGGGGCGCAGGAGCGGGGCGAGUCCCCGGGAAGGUCCUUCCCCGAAAGCCACCGGCGCCGAAAGCCCGCUGCCCCUCCCUGACCUGGGGCCUGGGCAGCCGGGGUGACUCCCGGCUCCCUUCUCCCCACGGGUGACUGACGGAGGCUGACGGCGCUCCUGCCCCGGGACCUGCCAGCCCCGGUGAGAUGCUCAGAAACCCCCUCCUCCCUCCGCCCUGGGCGGGGCCGGUCUCCCCUGGAAGAUGCAGGAGCCCCGGAGGCAGGGCCGCUGUUGCCGGGGAGGGAGCCGCCCGCUCCCCGCGGCUGUGGGUUUGGGAUGAAUCCGCUUUCCCCGUCGGGAGGUUUCUGGCAGCGACCCUGGCCUCUGGCUUCUGCUGGUCAGACGGUCAGCGGCUCCUCCUCCCGCCCGGCAGCUGGGGCCACAGAGCCCCGAACCGAACUGUGAGCCGGCUCCGAGCUCCUGGUCCCGCCUUCCCUGCUCCCAGGCGGCCCCGGCUCCUCCGCCCUGCUGACCUUGGGCUCCGGAGUCCCAGCUUGAGCGGACACCGAGGGGACUUACUUUUUAAAAAUUGACUUUAAAGAGAAGGGGACGGAGAGAGAGACAUCAAGUUGCUGUGCCACUUACGGGUGCAUUCACCGACUGGUUCCUGUGCCUGGGCUGGGGAUCGAAUCCAACCCUCCCCUGUCAGGGACAACACUCCACCAACUGAGCUACCGGUUAGAGCAGGGACUUCUUUUUUUUUUUUUUGUUUCCUGUGACACGCUUAU